AUGGCAGUCGUACGACCCAAAGUUGACUCGGACGGCAGCUGGCACUUUUUCGAUGGAGCGCUCAAGACGUACUUUGUCUCCGAGACCAAGGACUCGUUUACCUCUGGACAGAUCUUUCGAGCCAAAGACCCGCACUCGGGAGUAGGACGAAGCAGCACUGCUACGCCGCCUUAUCAUAUCCAUCUCUACCAAGCCGAGACGUUUGACGUAAAGCAAGGUACGCUCUGCUACCUUAUCGACGGCAAAGAGGGAAAACUCGAGGCUGGACAAAAGGUCAACAUCCCUCCUUACCGACCGCACACUUUCUGGUCGGAUCCAGAGAGCGGCAAAGACCUGCAUGUUCACAUUACCGUUCGUGGCGGUCCUAACCCUGGCUUCGAUGAAGACUUUGUACACAACUUUUACGGCUACCUCAGCUCACGCACCAUGGCAGGAAAGGCUCCGAACCCCUUCCAGAUGCUUCGACUUUUGGACGAUGCCGACGUGAUCCUCGUACCUCCUCUGCCCUUCUCUGGCCUUCUGCGUUCGUUGGGACUGCUAUGGCCGAUUGGAAGGGCGAUCAACAUUGUAUUUGGUCGCAUCAUUGGCGGCUGGAUUCUAGGCUGCCCAACACGAUUCAAGCAGUUUGACGACAAAGUGACAAAGUAA